AUGCUCCUUGAAGUGUUUCUGGUUCUGGGGGCAGUCAUUAUCUACUUCUUAGUGUCCAAGAAGAAAGAAGAAACGUUACCCUUCAAAGAGGGAUGGUGGGGCAAGGGACAGAAGCCUGUAGCUGAAGGAGAUACAACUAUUCGGCCAUUUAAGGUGGAAACUACAGAAGAAGAGCUGAGCAAUUUGCUAGAUAGACUUGACCAGGCUCGAUUCACUGAGCCACUGGAGAACAGUUGCUUCCAAUAUGGGAUUAACUCAGCAUAUCUCAGGAAGGUUGUCUCCUACUGGAAAAACCAGUUCAAUUGGAAGAAGCAAGUUGAAGUCCUCAAUAAGUACCCUCAAUUCAAAACCAAGAUUCAAGGCAUUGAUAUCCAUUUUGUUCACGUAAAGCCUCCUCGUUUGCCUGAAGGCCAGUCUGCGAAGCCAUUAUUAAUGGUUCAUGGUUGGCCCGGCUCAUUUUACGAGUUUUACAAAAUUAUCCCCCUCCUGACUGAUCCUGCAAGCCAUGGCCUGAGUGAUGAACACGUGUUUGAAGUCAUUUGCCCAUCUAUCCCUGGUUAUGGAUUCUCAGAAGCACCCCACAAAAAGGACUUUAACUCUGUAAGUGCCGCUUCUAUUUUUUAUGAAUUGAUGCUCAGACUGGGAUUCAACGAGUUCUACGCCCAAGGUGGUGACUGGGGCUGGCUCAUCUGCACCAAUCUGGCCCAGAUAGCUCCCAACCACAUGAAAGGUCUCCAUUUAAAUCUAGCCUCGGUGACGAACAUGGGCUUCAUUCAGCUGCUCUCCAUUCUGCUGGGCCGCUAUCUUCCAGGGCUCUUCGGUUUCCAGGAUGAAGAUGUUAGGCGGAUGUUUCCCUUCCUGAAAAAAGGGCUCUACAGGAUCUUGUCGGAGUCCGGCUACGCUCACAUACAGGCUACGAAGCCCGAUACUGUUG